AUGGUCGAACGCGCCAACCGUCCCUCAGCUCUCACCCCGGGCGCCGCUGCUCCCGAGGCCCAGGUCAACAUCGAAGGCACCGGAGCUUCCUCCAAAGUUGUAGCCACUCUGCCUUCCGGUGAGAGCGUCGAGGUGUUGCUUUUCGGUGCAACCGUCACGAGUUGGAAGAGCAAUGGCGGCAAGACGGAGAACCUGUGGUUGAGCGAGAAGGCAGCGCUGGACGGCACCAAGGCCGUGAGGGGCGGUGUGCCUGUCGUGUUUCCCGUCUUCGGUCCUCCCCCCAAAUCCGGUCACGCAACUUCGUCCCUGCCUCAACACGGCUUCGCUCGCACGUCACGCUGGGAGUUCCUGGGCAAGUCUACGUCCGAGGAUACCGUCGACUCCAAUUCGGUGAAGCUCGACUUUGGACUCUACUCCAAGGGCGUGAGCGACGAGGCUCGCAAGGCGUGGCCGCUCGACUUUGGCCUCGUGUACAGCGUCACGUUGAGCAAGGACAGCUUGCAGACGGUCGUCAACGUGCGCAACGAGGGUGAGACGAGCUUCGAGUUCCAGUUCCUGCUCCACACGUACCUCAAGAUCAACGACAUCUCCAAAGUCGCAAUCAACGGCCUCACAGGCGUAUCCUACAUCGACAAAGUCCUCGACGCAUCCACACACUCGCAAUCGGGCUCCCUCGCCAUCACGGGCGAAGUCGACCGCGUCUACCAAUCCAUCCCGCAGAGCACCACCUCCGUCGUCGAGGACGGCACCCCACGCUUCGACGUCGUCCGCGAUAACCUCCAGGACACGGUCGUCUGGAACCCCUGGGUCGAAAAGGCAAAAGCCAUGGCCGAUUUCGCCCCCGACGCAGACUACAAGCACAUGGUGUGCGUCGAGGUGGGUGCCGUCAAUGGGUGGCAGAAGUUGGAGAAGGGUGAGGUGUUUGAGGGCGGGCAGACUAUUAAGAGUCUGUUGUAGAUUUUUCU